CCGUUGCUCGACUCAGGCAACCAGCGAGUUGUCCAGCUACCGUGGAGCGGUUGUCGCAGGUUACUACUGCACCUACAAUCUCCCUUUGAUUGGGAGUGUUUACGCCCCCCGGAGGAAUGGAGGUCGCCUCCUCGCUUUUUUCAAUACUGUCUAGUAUUUGAGUUCAGUGUCUGUAGAAGCCGCCAUAUUGUCAGUCAAGAGACGCUCAGAGGUGAUCCAGAGAGCAGAACCUUCACCUCCUCGUCUAGAACAUGUCAGGCCCGGUCCCGAGUCGAUCUCGUGUCUACCCUGAAGUUAACACACAGAGACCAAGGGAGUACUGGGACUACGAGUCACAUGUGGUGGAAUGGGGGAAUCAAGAUGACUACCAGCUGGUGAGAAAACUAGGCAGAGGCAAAUACAGUGAAGUGUUUGAAGCCAUAAACAUCACAAACAACGAGAAAGUAGUCGUCAAAAUACUCAAGCCAGUAAAAAAGAAGAAAAUCAAGAGAGAGAUUAAGAUUCUGGAGAACCUACGAGGCGGCCCCAACAUCAUCACCCUUUUAGACAUUGUGAAGGAUCCUGUGUCUCGGACACCAGCACUGGUUUUUGAACAUGUAAACAACACAGACUUCAAGCAAUUGUAUCAGACGUUAUCAGACUACGACAUUCGUUUCUACAUGUACGAAAUCUUAAAGGCCCUGGACUACUGCCAUAGCAUGGGAAUCAUGCACAGAGACGUCAAACCGCACAAUGUAAUGAUCGACCAUGAACACAGAAAGCUCCGCCUGAUAGACUGGGGCUUGGCAGAAUUCUACCAUCCCAACCAAGAGUACAACGUCCGAGUCGCGUCCAGGUACUUCAAGGGUCCUGAGCUGUUGGUAGACUACCAGAUGUAUGACUAUAGUUUAGACAUGUGGAGUUUAGGGUGCAUGCUGGCCAGUAUGAUCUUCAGGAAGGAGCCUUUCUUUCAUGGACACGACAACUAUGAUCAGCUUGUACGGAUCGCUAAAGUACUGGGCACAGAAGACCUGUAUGACUACAUCGACAAAUACAACAUUGAAUUAGACCCACGCUUCAACGACAUUUUGGGCAGGCACUCCCGGAAGAGGUGGGAGCGCUUUGUGCACAGUGAGAACCAGCACCUGGUCAGCACCGAAGCCCUGGACUUCCUGGACAAGCUGCUGCGCUACGACCACCAGGCCCGGCUCACUGCCAGGGAGGCCAUGGAGCACCCCUACUUCUAUCCCAUUGUGAAAGAGCAGGGGAGGCUGGGCUCUUCCUCAGGCCUGUCCACUGCCAACACCCCGGUCAGCUCCUCUAGCAUGAUGGCAGGUAUCACGUCCAUGUCUGCAGCUCAGCCUAUUGGGAACAUGGCCGGAUCGCCUGUCAUCUCCACUCCAAACACGCUGGCCACACAAGUCCCAGCAGCCACUGGGACACAGCCCUGAACUGAGAACCUCUCAGCCCCGCCUCCUCCUUUUUCAUGUGCCCCUGCUGUUGGACACCCCCAUCCCCACCCCCCUAAUUUGGGACAGGUCUCUGGGGCUGUGCCCGCCCACCUGGGCUUUAUUUUUAUUUGUAUUAUGUUGAGUAUAACAAAACAACAAAAAAAGAAAAAAUUAGGUUCUGUUUUCCCCCCACCCCCUUUUUUUCCUGUACAAUAAUUCUAUAUUGAGGGCCGGACACACAGCAGAGGUGUUUUGUUGGCAUGUGUGGCUGGAUGAAGUGUUGAGAUGUAGCUGCGUUCUCAUGAUGACUGUGUCUAGAAAUGCAUCUACAAUGUAGAAAAUUCCGAAGAAAAAUGGAUAAUAAAAUUUAUUUUAUAUGUCCCUAAAGUACACUGUGGCUUGAAGCAGUUUUCUGAGGACUUGUUUUGGGGGUCAGGGUAUGGGGUUGGUGUUGUUUUUGGCUCCUUAUUAUUAGGUUUUCCUCCUACCCCGAGACUCCAUUUGGCUGUGCUUAGUUAUUGGAUGUAGGGUGGACUGGUGUAGGAGUCUGUAUCUGUAGGUGUGAAGCCACCCUUUUCAGAUCAGGUGCACUGGUUAUCAGGACGUGUAUUCACUGUGCUCUCACUCACAGGGUCAGUAGUUUGCCAACUCCUCUCCCCCUUGUGUUUUUUCCCUCUUUGAUCAGCACCUAUGACUAAUAUUUACUUGACGUCAGCAAACAUUU